UCCCCCACGCUUGCUACGCGCCUGGUCACGUGCUUCAUUAGAGGCUGCAGUGAAGUGCUAUAUUAGAGGCUACGGUCGCACAUCCAGUCACUAUAGCAUCAGAUGUUGACGUUUAAACUCUGCGAAAGGACUUUCCAACCUCAGAGUUUCAGUUUCCCUUCAUCACCCUGCCACAGAGACAGAAGUGUGAUGGGUCCACAGGCAAUGAAGGGGGAGUUGUUUGCCAUUGCGGUGCUGCUGGUUGCGCUCUGCCUCGGCCACACUACUGCCGCCAGCCUGAAGGAACAUCUAGCUGACUGUCUGGAGGACAAAGACUACGAUGAGCUGCUGCAGACUGCGAAGACUGGCCUUCCCCACAUAAACACAUCUCACCAUGUGGUCAUCGUUGGUGCAGGCAUGGCUGGACUGACGGCAGCCAUGUUACUGCAAGAUGCAGGACACAGGGUGACGAUUGUAGAGGCCAGCGGUCGUGUUGGAGGAAGGGUGGAAACCUACAGAAACGAGAAGGAGGGCUGGUACGCUGAGCUAGGGGCCAUGAGGAUCCCAAGUUUUCACUUGAUCGUCCACUGGUAUGCUGACAAACUAGGGGUCAAGCUGAAGAAAUUCUCCAUGUACGACCCCAACACCUAUUACCUAGUUAAUGGGCAGCGGAAGAGGACGCACGUAGUGCAAGCAAACCCUGAUGUUCUCAACUACAAGGUGCGGCCGAAGGAGAAAGGGAAGUCGGCAGACGAGCUGCUACAGCAAGCUUUGCAGGCGGUGAGGAAAGAAGUGGAGAUGCAUGGCUGCAAGGCUGCACUGAGAAAAUAUGACCAUUACUCUGUGAAGGAGUAUCUGAAAGAAAAAGGCCAUUUGAGUCCAGAGGCAUUGAGAAUGAUUGGAGAGCUGCUGAACGAACAAAGCCUCAUGUACACAGCGCUGACCGAGAUGAUCUACGACCAAACGGACAUCAGCGACAACACCGGGUACAACGAAGUGGUCGGUGGAUCAGAUCUUCUCCCCAAAGCUUUUCUUUCUGCCCUUGACAUCCCUAUUCUCCUGAACUCCACUGUGAAGAACAUCAGCCAGACAGACGAAAGAGUCAUCGUAUCAUACCAGACCGGUCAACCGUCUCCUCCUACUGACCUUCGUGCUGAUGCCGUCCUGGUAACCACCACGGCUAAAGCGGCGCUGUUCAUGGACUUCCACCCGGCUCUUUCCAGCCACAAGAUGGAGGCCCUUAGGGCGGUGCACUACGACAGCUCCACGAAGAUCAUCCUCACCUUCGAGAAGAAGUUCUGGAAGAAAGACGGCAUCCAUGGUGGAAAGAGCAUCACGGACAGACCCUCGCGCUUCAUCUACUACCCCAGCCACAGCUUCCCGGCCAACGAGACGGUCGGCGUGCUCCUGGCCUCGUACACGUGGUCCGACGACUCGCUUCUCUUCCUCGGGGCAAGCGACGAGGCCCUGAAGGAGCUGGCGCUGAGAGACCUGGCGCAGAUCCACGGCGACUACGUCAGGUCUCUCUGCACUGGCGUCGUGGUGAAGAGGUGGAGCUCGGACCCGUACAGCCUGGGCGCGUUCGCCCUGUUCACGCCCUACCAGCACCUGGAGUACGCGCGGGAGCUGUUCCGACGUGAGGGCCGGGUGCACUUCGCUGGGGAGCACACGGCUUUGCCUCACGCCUGGAUCGAGACGUCCAUGAAAUCGGCCAUCAGGGCUGCUGCGAACAUUAACAAAGCAGCACUGCCAAACGCAGAAUCAGAGAAAUGUCACAAGCGAGAUGAGCUGUAGCUCCUCUGAUAAGGCAUCCAGUGUGAACCGCUCCGCACUGUACUGUAGUCAGACACUUGCACGCACACACACACACAUACAUACACACAAACACACAUGCACAAACAUACGCACAAACACAAACACACACACACACAAACACACAUGCACACACUGUAGUCAGAGAUGUAAAAGUCUCGCUUCAGAAAGUAAAAAUCCUGCCAUGGUCCCCAUUACGAUUUUGUUAACUUAUGGCCUCCUUACACCCAGUGUUGUGCCAGGUCACAGCUUUUUUGAACUAGUUCAAGUUCAGUUCAUACAUGCUCAAAGUGAACAGUUCACGUUCAAAGUUCACAAUUUUCAUUCUGAACUAGUUCAAAGUUCAGUUAAUUUUACUUUUU